AGCGGGGGCGCGCCCCGGGCCCAGUGAGCCGGCGGGGACAGGGACGCUGGCGGUCUGUCGCGACACAGCGAGGGCCGGGCGCAGUCUCCGUGAAAGCGGCGGGGACAGGGACACCGGCGGGGGAAGGGGGUCGUGACUGUCGCGACAGAGCAGGGGCGAGGGCCCAGCGUGGGCCGGAGCGCCUUCCCAGCCCGCGGCGGUUCCCCGGCGGCCGGAGGGAUGGGUGGGCCCCGCGGCGCCGGGGCGGUGGCGGUGGCAGUGGCAGUGAUGUGCGCGGGGCCGAGCGGGGCCGGCGCUCUCCGCCAUGGCGGGGGCGGGCGCGGAGGGCGCGGCGCGGCGAGGACCGAGCCCGGGCAGCCACCGCCCUUCACCCGCUCCUGCCCGGAGGGGCUGUGCUGGAGCCGCUGCCGGGGUUCCCAUGGAGACGCCCCGCGUCCUCUGACGAGUGCCCUCUUAUCGGCGACAGUUGCCAGCCAUCGCGAUUGGUGCCGCCCUCCUCGCACCGCUCCCGGGCUCGGUCCCUUUGCAGGCGGCUGUCCCCUCCUGCACAGCCCGCACGCACCGCUGGCUGCCAGGGGUUGCAGAUUGUUGGGAGAGGAUCCAAAGCAGUGAGCGAGGUAUCUCUAAUCUCGACCUGUCAUCUGCUGUCGUGGACCCGAAGACAGCCCAUCGAAGAUGUAGAUGAUGAAGAGGUGUUUUCCCCCUCUGCCUUGGGAUCGAAUGUCUCUGUCACAGGGCAUUUCUCUAAGGAAAUGGAUACGUCUUCCCAAAAAUACCCAGUCAAAAAGCGAGUGAAAAUUCAUCCCAACACAGUAACAGUGAAAUACACCUCUCAUUAUCCACAGCCAGGAGAAGAGGGAUGUGAGGAUGUUAAUGAAGAUACUGGAGUAUUUAUGGAGGAUAAUCCUAAGAGAAGACUACUGAAUGAUGGGAAAAAGAGAGAAAAGACUUUUUUCGGUACAAUAGACACCAAGCCAGCACAACUGCCAAAACCUGAUGAGGUUGGAGAAUCUCAGCACUUUCCUGAAGGAAAUGUACUGCAGUCCAGGAGAACAUGGGCAGUCCUUUUUGGGUCUGCCGUGGCUCACGGAUGCGUGGCUCUGAUCACGAGAUUAAUUUCUGACCGUUCCAAAGUGCCAUCUCUGGAGCUGAUUUUCAUCCGCUCAGUCCUGCAGGUGCUGUCCCUCUCUGCUGUGUGCUACCACCACGAGCCUCCCUUCGGCCCCAAAGGCUACAGGCUCCGGCUGUUCCUCUAUGGGGUCUGCAAUGUCAUCUCCAUCACCUGUGCCUACACAUCCUUCUCCAUAGUGCCCCCCAGCAAUGGGACCAUCAUGUGGAGGGCCACCACCACAGUGUUCAGUGCCAUUCUGGCUUUUUUACUCAUAGAUGAAGGAAUGGCUUAUAUAGACAUGGUCACUGUCGUUGGCAGUGUGUUCGGCGUUUGUCUGGUCAUGAUCCCCAACAUUGUUAAGGAGGAGAACUCUUUGCUGAGCACCUGGAAGGAAGCUUUUGGCUAUACCAUGACUGUCAUGGCUGGUCUGACCACUGCCCUCUCCAUGAUAGUCUACAGGUCCAUCAAAGACAGCAUCAGCAUGUGGACAGCGCUGUUCACCUUCAGCUGGACGGGAACAGUGUGGGGAGCGUCCACCAUGUUCCUGCUCCAAGAGCCAAUCGUCCCGCUGGACGGGGAAACCUGGAGCUAUCUCCUUGCCAUCUGCCUGUGCUCCACUGCAGCCUUCCUGGGGGUCUACCACGCCCUGGGCAAGUUCCACCCUGCUCUGGUGAGCACUGUGCAGCACCUGGAGAUCGUCAUCGCCAUGGUCCUGCAGCUCCUUGUGCUGCGCAUCUUCCCAGGCACUUGUGAUCUGGUUGGGGCAGUGCUUAUUUUGGUGAGUGUUUUUUUCCUUGCGUGUUAUAAGCUCUCCUGGAAGGAUUUAAGAAGGCAAGAUUAUCAGGAGAUUGUGGAUUCGUCCAUUAAAUGAAUGUCAGUUUUGAAUGUCUGAUUCUGGCUGUGACCAUGUGGAAGUAACUCCUUUCAACUCCUGUGUCCGAGCGUAGUGGCCAGGCCCUCUCUCUGCCAUUUCACUUCUCAGCUGAUAUAGCAAUGUUGGUAUUUCCAGGCUCCCGUGCCAGGUGGAUUUGUUCUGCUGCACACAACCACUGACAUUUUGUCAUACCCAAAAGAGUAGCACACAGGGUGCACGGCCAGCACAGGCCGGCCCACUGAAAUGCGGGCCAAGCUCUUCCUGACCUUCUCUGGAUAAAGCAAUACAGAGGGACUCAAAAGUGACUCUCGUUCAUGUGCUCUGUGGUAGUAGGAAGAUGAGCAGCAAAACACUAAAACAGUCACCCGAAUUGUCAUUUCCUCUGUAAUGCUUCUUAAGCUUUGGCUGUCAUAUUCUAAAUGGAGCAAUGCUAAAUUUCUGUGGCUAGAACUUGCAUUUCCUGCACGUAUAAAGAAGAAGUCAGUAAA